UGAGCUUGGGUGGCCAAGCGUAGUUGGUGCCGAUAAGUGCCUAUGAACUUAAUUUUACGAUGCAAUCAUGGUCAUGAGUGAAUUUUGUUAAGGCCUGGCGCUGCUUUUUUCUCUUAAGCGCAGAAUAAUCAAGGCAUCAUGUUCCGUUGCAUGCCCAUGUUUAAGGGGUGUAACCGCCAGGUUGAAUGUAUAGACAAGCGACAUUGUUCUCUGUCUUGUGUACCAGAUGAGAUAAUUCGGUAUGCGCGAAGCCUAGAAGAGCUACUUCUAGAUGCAAACCACAUCAGAGAUUUGCCAAAGAACUUCUUCCAGUUAUCUAAGCUGAGAAAACUGGGACUAAGUGACAAUGAGAUACAAAAACUUCCUGCGGACAUCAUGCAUCUUCAGUGCUUGGCUGAACUUGAUGUGUCCAGGAAUGACGUGCCAGACAUUCCUGAAGAAAUCAAGAACUGCAAGUCUUUGCAAAUAGUGGAUUUCAGUAGCAAUCCCAUCACCAGGCUGCCGCAGGGCUUCGUCCAGCUGCGCAACCUGACUGUGCUCGGGCUGAACGACAUGUCCAUCACCUCUCUGCCGGCCGACUUCGGCAGCCUGGUGAACCUGCAGUCGCUGGAGCUGCGGGAGAACCUGCUGAAGUCGCUGCCGCCGUCGCUGUCGCAGCUGCGCCGGCUGGAGCGGCUCGACAUCGGCGACAACGAGAUCGAGCAGCUGCAGGCGACUAUUGGAAGCCUGCCGUCGCUGAAGGAGCUGUGGCUGGACCACAACCAGCUGACCCAUCUGCCACCGGAGAUCGGCCACCUGCGCAGCCUCAAGUGCCUGGAUGUGUCGGAGAACCGGCUGGAGGACAUCCCAGACGAUAUUGGCGGCCUCUUCAGCCUGGAGGACCUGCUGCUGUCGCAGAACUUCCUCGAAGCUUUGCCCGACGGCGUAGGCAAGCUCUCCGAGCUGAUGAUCCUCAAGGUCGACCUCAACCGGCUCUCACAGUGCAACGAGGCGGUCGGCAGGUGCACAAACCUGGAGGAGCUUAUCCUCACCGAGAACUUUAUCACUGAGCUGCCCGAGGCGAUCGGCAACCUGAAGCGGCUCACCAACCUCAACGUGGACCGCAACCGGCUGGAGAGCCUGCCGCAGCAGACCGGUCACCUGCAGCAGCUGGGCGUGCUCUCGCUGCGGUGUAACCGGCUGCGCUACCUGCCGGCCACGCUCGGCAACUGCACGGCCCUGCACGUGCUGGACGUGUCCGGCAACAGACUGCAGUACCUGCCCAUCACGCUGCAGAACCUGAACCUGAAGGCCGUCUGGCUAUCAGAGAACCAGGGGAAGCCGAUGCUGCAGUUCCAGACGGAUCUGGACGAGAACACGGGCGAGGAGGUGCUCACCUGCUUCCUGCUGCCGCAGCUGGACGAGACCGGCGAGCACGACGGCACGAACGGCCGCCUGGACCGCUCCUCGGGCGACGAGCUGGCCGGCAGCGACGCUGACUGGGAGGCGGCCGAGCUGAGUCGGGCCUCGGUCGUCCAGUUCCAGGGCCACGAGUCGGCCGACGACGACCCGGAGCGCGAGAGUCACUUCGUGCGCCACAACACGCCGCACCCGCGCGAGCUCAAGGCCAAGGCUCACAAGCUGUUCGGCAAGGGCAAGAACGUGGACGGCGUGGCGCUGCGGUCUGAGGAGGAGCAGCCGCUGUCGUUCCGACCGAGCCGCGCCAGCCCGCCGCCCGACCGGCAGGGGCGCUUCAACCCCAACUUCAGGCGCGACCUGCCGCGCGCUGCCGAGCCGCGCCCCCUGUCGGCCGGCGACCCGCCCGCGCCCGCCGCCGUCGACCGCCACGACGACCCGUCGGCCGAGGACGCGCCGACGCCGCUGCCCACCCUGGAGCGGUUGGCGCCGGUCGAGGAACCGGAGCCACACUCGGAGCCGGAGCCGGAGCCGGAGCCGGAAGGCCGCCGCCAGGUGGGCUUCGUCACCGACGGCUCGGAGGCGGACGACGAGCUGUCGGUGGAGCGUCACAACCGGCUGCACCGGCGCGACACGCCGCACCACCUCAAGAACAAGCGCGUGGUGGCUGCCAAGGUGGACCAGGAGAAGGUGGCCUCGAUCAUCGCCGAGGCACUGAAGCGGCGCGAGGAUGAGGAGGGGGGCAUGCUGCCGUCGCCGCCGUCAAGCCCGGCGCCGGACGCCGCGGACGGCCCGCCGCCGCAGCAGCAGCAGCCCGCCAUCGUGGUGGAGCAGCGGCAGUUCGAGCUCGACGUUCAGCGCGGCGCCACCGGCCUCGGCCUGAGCAUCGCCGGUGGCAAGGGCUCGACGCCGUUCCGGGGUGACGACGAGGACGUGUUCAUCUCCAAAGUGCUGGACGGCGGGCCGGCCGACCUGGCCGGACUGAAGGUGGCGGACAAGCUGGUGUCGGUGAACGGCCUGCCGGUGCUCGGCGCCGACCACUACGAGGCCGUCGGCAUCCUGAAGGCGGCCGGCGCCACGCUGCACCUGCAGGUGCUGCGCGAGGUGACGCGCCUCGUGCCGGCGGCCGAGCCCAGCCCCAUCUACCAGACGGUGCCGCCGCCCGUGCCCGUGCAGAGGCACACCGCGCCGGAGCCGGCGCCGCCGCAGAGCGCGGCGUAUGAGCCGUCUGCGGCGCAGAGGAUGGCGCAGCAGCCUCCAGUGGCGCAGAGGAUGGCGCAACAGCCUCCAAUGGCCGCGCAGAGUAGUCAGGCGCCCGUGGCCGCGCAGAGAAGUCAGCCUCCAGCGGCGCAGAGUGCAGCAUAUCAGCCGCCGGCAGCUCAGAGCACACUGUACCAGCCACAGCCUGCGCAAAAUGCGACGUACCAGCCGCCAGCAGCUCAAAAUGCUGCACGUCAACCCUCCGCGGUUCAGAAUGCAGCUCACCUUCCCCCAGUAACGGCCCAUAACGCAGCAUAUCAGCCGUCAUCCGGUUCGAGCACGGCUUACCAGCCUGCGGCCACCCAGAAUGCUGCGCAGCAGCCCGCGGCGCCGGCCCAUCCCCCCACUCAGCCGCCGGAGGCGGCUCAGAGAGCCGCCGCCUUCCAGCCGCCGAUGGACCAGCUGCGGCGCGACGUGGUCUCCAGUAGUCGGCUGCCGUCGUCUAGCCCGGCGGCGGUACGGCGGCCGGUGGCCAGUCCGCCGCCACCGCCGCCGCCGCUGUCGGCCCAGCAGCCGGAAUCAGCGGAAGGCGCGCAGGUGAACGGAGACGGCGAGCCGCUGGUGCCCAAGAUCGAGACGAUCCACACGACUCUGAUCCGCGACAACGGCGGCCUCGGCUUCAGCAUCGCCGGCGGCAAGGGCGCCGCGCCGUUCGUCGAGGGCAGCGACGCGGUGCACGUGUCCCGGAUCACGGAGGGCGGAGCCUGCGAGCGCGACGGCAAGCUGAUGGUCGGAGACCAGGUCAUCUCGAUAAACGGCGUGGAUGUGGAGGGGGCGCGCCAUGACCAGGUCGUCUCCCAGCUGACUGGCCUCGAGCGGUUCGUGCGGCUGAUUGUGCGGCGGCGUCGGCUGGUGCCCGCCUCCGAGGCGACCUCGCCCGGCCGACCCGGCCUGCACGGCCGCUCCGCCUACAGCCCGGCCAGCUACAUGGCCAAUCGGCCGGCCUACGGGGGCUACCGGCGCGCGGAGCCGUUCCAGGCGCCGCUGCUGCCGGUGCGCCCCGACCAGUUCCAGGCGCUGAUCCCGGCACACUUCACGCAACCGGCGCCGGCGGCGGCCGGUCAGGGCCCGGCCGUGUCCGUGGACCGCGGCCAGACCCACGCACCCGUCUCCAUGCCCGAGUUCCCGCCGGCGCCGCGCAAGCCCGGCAUCUGGACGGAGAGCGUCACCAAGAGCACGUACACGGAGACGACGGUGACGCGGCGCACGGAGAACAAGCUGUCGCGGCCGCCGCCCGUGGCGCAGGACGUGGUGCUGAACAAGGCCGGCGGCCCGCUGGGCCUCAGCAUCAUCGGCGGCUCCGACCACAGCUGCCUGCCGUUCGGCCGCGACGAGCCCGGCACGUUCAUCUCCAAGAUCAUCCCGGGUGGCCAGGCGGCGCGGACCGGCCAGCUGCGCGUCGGCGACCGGCUGCUGGCCGUCAACGGCGCCGACCUGGCGGCGGCCACCCACGAGAGCGUGGUGGCCGCCCUACUGCAGCCCGGCGCCGAGAUGACGCUGCGGGUCCGACACGACCCGCUGCCCGACGGCUGGGAGGAGAUGACCGUCGAGCGUCUGCCGGGCGAGAAGCUGGGCAUGAACAUCAAGGGCGGCCUCCAGGGGCUGCCCGGCAACCCGCUCGACAAACAGGACGAGGGCGUGUUCGUCAGCAAGGUGCACGCGGAGGGCGCCAUCCGCCGCGACGGCCGCCUCCGCGCCGGACACCGGCUGGUGGAGGUGAACGGCGUCAACCUGCUGGGCGCGGCGCACCAGGACGCGGUGGACGCGCUGCGUCACGCGGUCGGCUCGCUGGCCAUCACCGCCUGCCACGGCUACGAGCCGGCCGAGGUGGAGCGCCGGCUGGGCGACGGCGCCCUGCAGCGGGCCCGCUCGACGGCCAGCCUGGACGCGGCCGAGGUGAUGGAGGUGGUACGCGCCGCCGAAAUCCUGUCGCACGCGCCGCUGCCGCCCAACACCGUGCUGCCGGGCUCGCCGCCCGCCCGCCACGCGCCCAAGAAGACCACCAUCGUGAUGAGCAAGCACACGCUCUCGCCGCAGGCCGACGCGCCGACUCCGCAGCUGGCGCCGGCUCCGCAGCCGCCAGAGCCAGCAGUGGACGCCGGUGCCGUGGUUGGAGGAGAACAUCGAGCGCAGUCGACUCUGGAGCCUCACCCGGCCGGGCAUCGCGCCAGUGACUCCAGCGAGCCGCCGGCCGCUGCCGGCCGGACGCGCAUGAUGACGGCCAAGGCCGAGCGCCGCCUGCGGGAGCGCACCACAGGCACGGCUUCUGAGGAGGAACAACAGAUGUCGCCAGCUGAGUGGCGCGCUCUGCAGGCUGAAAAGCGCGCCGCGUGGCGGCAGGCAAGACUGAAGUCUCUGGAGCAGGACGCGCUGCAGGCGCAGAUCGUGAUUCGGAAGAUGAGCGAGCUGAUCGAGGCGCCGGAGACGACAGCCGACGACAGCAGCGGCACGCCACGACCAGACGGCAACGGCAACGAGCUGGAGAGCGGCGCCGACGACGAUGCUGACAAGUCGUCCAGUCUGACCGCGCAGAUCGACAACAAGAAGAGAAAGAAGAAGAAGAGGAAGCGGCAAGAGCGGGCCGCGGGGAAGACGGAAGAGACGUAAGGCCGGCAGUGCGCGCCGGUCGUAUUUUUAUAAGAUGACUGUCAAUCUUUUUACGCUCCGCGGCGGUUGUGAGCUUUUAGAACACGUAGGCAGCUGGCCCUGUUGCCAUAUCAUGCGACCGCUUGUCAUUUGAUCUAAGCACUGUUACAUGUUGCUGCAGCUUUUAUCCAGAUGCUUACACUCAUUGGUAGGAUAGUAUUAGCGCAUCGUCACGUUCGCAUGCUUUCGUCGGCACGAUCAGCCGGGCCCUGGCCGUGUGACGCCGGUCACCUCCACUCCCCUCCCUCCCGCAGCGUCCCGGACGCCCCCUGCUGGUGCUCGCCCCUCCCCUGUCCGGGGCUGCGUGGUGGAAGUGUCCGUCCGCCCCCCCCCCCCCCUGCCAGUUUAAGGCCGUACCCUGGUCCGGUCCGGACGUCGUCUCUGUCUGUGACAGACCGAUGGGGCCCAGGCGUUGUUUUCAGCCGAUCAGUCGUCAUAAUUUUCUGGCUUGCAAAGCUUGGAAUCACUAAGUUCUGCAGAAUAC